AAUAAUAUGAUUUCAUCAUGAACUACAAUUGUAGUAGUGAUUUCUACAGUCCAUGAUUGAAGAUAUAUCUUUAAUCGUGCUACAGCCCAACCCCUAUUUCGUUAAUAGUUUUUUCAAUGUUUAAUUUGUGUAUUGAAUUAUUUAUUUGAAUCUGUUUAUUAUUAAUUCUAUUAUGAAUUUUAUCACCAAGAAAAGGAACAUUUCAAAUUCUAUCAACGUUUUUAGAUUUAUAACACAAGACUUUGCUAAAGACACAAUAAAUCCUAAUGAAGUUGAACAUCAUUCUAAUUUAAAAGAUAUUUGGUGGAAGAGUAAUGGACCAUUAAAUGCAUUACAUUCUUUUAAUCCAUUGAGAAUUUCAUUUAUAAUAAAUGGAUUACUGAACAUGAAAAAGAUAGAAACCAAAAACAUUGGUACACGUCAAAGUUUAAAAAAUAUAAAAAUACUGGACGUUGGUUGUGGUGGUGGUGUUCUAACUGAAGCUCUGUCACGUCUGGAUAGUAAUGUCACUGGAAUAGAUCCCAGCAAAGAACUUAUAUCGAUCGCCAUUGAUCAUUCUGUAAUACUUAGAAAUAAAAAUAUCAAAUAUCUUAAUGAGUCUAUUGAAGAACAUAUGAAAUUGAAUGUAGAGGCAUAUGAUGCCAUUGUAACUUCUGAAGUUUUGGAGCAUAUUUCCAACAAAUAUAGUUUUUUAACGAGUUGUGUUGAAUGUUUAAAGCCUGGCGGAUCUUUGUUUAUUACAACACCAAAUAGAACAUUUUGUUCUUGGUUAAGUGUAGUAAAAAUAGGUGAACAAUUAAAUUUUAUACCUAAAGGCACUCAUCAAUGGGAAAAGUUUAUAUGUCCACAUGAACUACAGUCAAUUUUGGAAAUGAAUUGCCAGUGUGAUACAAUUGCAAUUAAUGGAUUGACAUAUAAUCCUUUUACAAACCGUUGGUGUUGGACUGAUUCGACUGAUAUUUCUUAUGCGUUACAUGCAGUUAAAGGAAAAUAAAUUUUAUUAUUUCUAUGUAUAUUA